AUGUCUGCCGCAAAUAGAGGUCCUACCAAUGCAAGCAGACGCAAGCGUGCCAGAGAUGAUGAAGACGAGAUCAUGUCAUCUUCACCCGCUCCAGCACUCCCCUCCUCACCCCCCUUACUACCAACCAACGAGAAUGAUGAUCUAGAAGACGACUUGGAUGCUGAAGAUGAUCUCAUUGGAGACAUCGAUGAUGCAGACGAGAUGGCAGAAGACGAAGAUGGCAUUGAUCUCUUCGGUGAUAAUUUUAUGAAUGAUGAACGUGAGCGUCGGGAUCAGGAUACCUACCAAGGACGAAUGAUCGAUGAUGAGGGCGAGUAUGAGGAUCUCGAUGCCGCGGCUCGUCGUCAACUUGACGCAAGACUGGACAAGCGCGACCGUGAGCUUGCUGCUCGUCGACGUAUGCCUGCAGCAUUUAUGCCAGAUGACGAUGAAGAUGCUGGCAUCGACUUGACCAAGCAACCCCGAAGACGUCGACACCACUACGAUGAAGAUGAGGACAUGGAUCUGGAUGAAAAUAUUAUGGAAGAAGAACUCUCCCUUGAAACAUUGCAGGAUGUCAAGGCAUCUAAUAUCACGGAGUGGGUCACCAGUCCUCCGGUGAUGAAAACCAUUGCUCGGGAGUUCAAAUCCUUCUUGACCGAGUACAUUGAUGCGAAUGGUACUUCAGUGUAUGGUACUCGCAUUCGAACUCUGGGAGAGGUCAACUCUGAAUCUCUCGAAGUAUCAUACGAUCACCUCUCUUCGACCAAAGCAAUCUUAGCAUACUUCUUGGCAAAUGCCCCGGCCGAGAUGCUCAAGAUCUUCGACAAGGCUGCCUUCGAAGUAGUUCGCCUUCAUUAUCCAAACUAUGAAUUAAUUCAUCCGGAGAUUCAUGUUCGUAUCUCGGAUCUUCCUGUCCAGUACACUCUCCGCCAGCUUCGACAAUCCCAUCUGAACUGCCUAGUUCGUGUCUCGGGUGUUGUCACCAGACGAACAGGUGUGUUUCCACAACUGCAGAUGGUCAAAUUCACCUGCAACAAGUGUGGUGUCACUCUUGGUCCUUUCGCUCAGGAGUCAACAUCCUCAGAGGUCAAGUUGACAUUCUGUCAAAAUUGUCAGUCACGAGGACCCUUCACACUCAAUAGUGAAAAGACGGUCUAUCGCAAUUACCAAAAGUUGACACUACAAGAAUCGCCGGGGACAGUUCCCGCUGGAAGGCUCCCUCGACACAGAGAAGUUGUCCUGCUGGCAGACUUGAUUGACAAGGCUAAGCCAGGCGAGGAAAUCGAGGUUACAGCUAUCUACCGCAAUAAUUACAGUGGACAACUUAAUAACAAAAAUGGCUUCCCUGUUUUCGCAACAAUGCUGGAAGCAAAUCAUAUCAUCAAAACCCAUGAUCAAUUGGCAGGCUUCCGACUGACUGAAGAAGAUGAGAGGCAAAUCAGGGCGCUCUCCAAGGAUCCAAAAAUUGUGGACAAGAUCAUAAGCUCGAUCGCCCCUUCAAUUUAUGGUCAUGAGGACAUCAAAACUGCAGUUGCCCUCUCACUGUUUGGUGGUGUCGGCAAGGAGGCUCAAGGCAGGCACAAAAUCCGUGGUGAUAUCAACGUUCUUCUCCUGGGAGAUCCGGGUACUGCGAAGUCGCAGGUAUUGAAAUACGUUGAGAAGACUGCUCAUCGCGCGGUUUUUGCCACUGGCCAGGGAGCAUCCGCUGUCGGUCUGACGGCUUCUGUUCGCCGAGACCCAUUGACCGCAGAGUGGACUCUUGAAGGUGGCGCUCUGGUGCUUGCAGACCGGGGCACCUGCCUUAUCGACGAAUUCGACAAGAUGAAUGAUCAAGAUCGGACAUCGAUUCACGAAGCCAUGGAGCAACAGACGAUCUCCAUCAGUAAGGCCGGAAUCGUCACAACACUCCAGGCCAGAUGUGCCAUUGUCGCCGCAGCUAAUCCUCAAGGAGGACGAUACAAUAGCACCGUUCCUUUCAGUCAGAACGUCGAAUUGACAGAACCAAUCUUGUCACGUUUCGAUAUCUUGUGCGUAGUCAGGGACACUGUCGAUCCCAACGAAGACGAAAGACUCGCAAAGUUCGUCGUCAACAGUCACGGCAGAGCGCAUCCCUCCAAGAUUGGUGUGGACGCCGGAGAUGCAGCAGCUAUGGAUACAGAGGAUACCAACGAUGUCAACAACGGGGAGCCACAACAGGAAGGUGCCAUUCCUCAAGAAUUACUACGCAAAUACAUCCUUUACGCCCGGGAGAAGUGCAAACCAAAGCUUUAUCAGAUUGAUCAAGACAAAGUUGCAAGAUUAUUCGCCGAUAUGCGCAGGGAGUCUCUUGCCACAGGUGCAUAUCCCAUCACGGUCCGACAUCUUGAGGCCAUCAUGAGAAUUGCCGAGGCUUUCUGCAAGAUGCGACUAUCGGACUUCUGCAGUUCUCAGGAUGUCGAUCGUGCCAUUGCUGUGACAGUUGACUCUUUUGUGGGAAGCCAAAAACUCAGCUGCAAGAAGGCGCUUGCACGAACUUUUGCCAAAUACACAUUGAAGCGGCCGGACCGCCAGAGAAUUCGGGCAGCAAGAACUGGAGCAACUGGAGUUCAAGCCUAG